GUUCACUACUGCUAGAAUCGAAGAUAAACCCAAAUACUGCAUAUCAAAAACAGCAGGACACCCUGAUUGUUUGGUCAGAAGCAGAAAACUAUGAUUUAGCACUGAGUUUUCAAGAAAAAGCUGGCUGUGAUGAAAUCUGGGAGAAAAUCUGCCAGGUUCAGGGUAAGGAUCCUUCAGUAGAAGUCACGCAGGACCUUAUUGAGUCAGAAGAGGAACACAUAGAAGAAAUGCCUGAAACUAGUCCUUUGAUCGACCUUCCUACUUGUGAACUCAACAAACUUGAAGAGAUUGCUGACCUAGUUACCUCUGUUCUCUCCUCGCCCAUCCGCAGAGAAAAGCUAGCACUGGCCUUGGAGAAUGAAGGCUACAUCAAAAAACUGCUACAGCUUUUCCAAGUCUGCGAGAAUUUAGAGAACACCGAAGGCUUACAUCAUUUGUAUGAAAUUAUUAGAGGGAUUUUGUUCCUCAACAAAGCAACUCUGUUCGAGGUGAUGUUUUCCGAUGAGUGUAUUAUGGAUGUUGUUGGAUGCCUUGAAUAUGAUCCUUCUUUGGCUCAGCCAAAACGGCACAGGGAGUUCUUGACCAAAACAGCAAAAUUUAAGGAGGUUAUUCCUAUAACAGACUCUGAACUCAGGCAAAAAAUCCACCAGACUUACAGGGUACAGUAUAUUCAGGACAUCAUCUUGCCAACACCGUCUGUUUUUGAAGAGAAUUUUCUUUCUACCCUCACUUCCUUUAUUUUCUUCAACAAAGUUGAGAUUGUCAGUAUGUUGCAGGAAGAUGAGAAAUUUCUAUCUGAAGUUUUUGCACAAUUAACAGAUGAAGCUACAGACGAUGAUAAACGAUGUGAAUUGGUUAACUUUUUCAAGGAAUUCUGCGCGUUUUCUCAGACAUUACAACCUCAGAACAGAGAUGCGUUUUUCAAAACAUUGGCAAAGUUGGGAAUUCUUCCAGCUCUUGAAAUUGUAAUGGGAAUGGAUGAUCUGCAGGUUAGAUCUGCAGCUACAGAUAUAUUUUCUUAUCUGGUAGAAUUUAGUCCAUCUAUGGUCCGAGAAUUUGUAAUGCAAGAGGCCCAGCAGAGCGAUGAUGAUAUCCUCCUCAUCAACGUGGUCAUCGAGCAGAUGAUCUGCGAUACUGACCCGGAGCUGGGGGGAGCCGUUCAGUUGAUGGGGCUCUUGCGUACGCUGAUCGAUCCAGAGAACAUGCUGGCCACAGCUAAUAAAACGGAAAAGAGUGAAUUUCUCAAUUUCUUCUACAACAACUGUAUGCAUGUCCUCACUGCACCACUUCUGGCUAAUACAGCCGAAGAUAAAUGUGAAAAAGAUGCAGUAGUUGAGUCCUCGAAGAGUGAUACCAUUUGUCUUGAUAAUUACCAGACGGCACAGCUACUUGCCUUAAUUUUGGAGCUGCUUACCUUCUGUGUGGAACACCACACGUAUCACAUCAAGAAUUACAUCUUGAACAAAGACUUGCUAAGGAGAGUACUGGUCUUGAUGAAUUCGAAACACACGUUCCUGGCCUUGUGUGCUCUUCGCUUUAUGAGGAGGAUAAUUGGCCUAAAAGAUGAGUUUUAUAACCGCUAUAUCACCAAGGGAAACCUGUUUGAACCAGUUAUAAAUGCCCUGUUGGAUAAUGGAACGAGGUACAAUCUGCUCAACUCUGCUGUGAUUGAGCUGUUUGAAUUCAUCAGAGUGGAAGAUAUUAAGUCCCUUAUUGCACAUAUAGUUGAAAACUUCUACAAUGCACUUGAAUCUAUCGAAUAUGUUCAGACGUUCAAAGGCCUGAAGACAAAAUACGAGCAAGAAAAAGACCGACAAACCCAGAAACUGAACAGUGUCCCAUCUAUAUUGCGUAGCAAUAGAUUUCGCAGAGAUGCAAGAGCCUUAGAGGAGGAUGAAGAAAUGUGGUUCAAUGAAGACGAGGAGGAAGAAGGUGAAGCUGUUGUGCCUCCAGUUGAGAAGUCAAAACAGGAGGACGAUUUUCCAGAUAGCUAUGAAAAAUUUAUGGAAACUAAAAAAGCUAAGGAGAGCGAAGACAAGGAGAAUCUUCCAAAGAGGACUUCAGCCGGGGGAUUCAAAUUCACUUUUUCCCACUCAGCCAACGCGGCCAACGGCGCGAACGGUGCAAACAGUAAAUCCGUGGCAGUGGCGAGCCCCAACGGCUCCUCCUCCAAGAACGCAACCCUGACAGCCGCGGUGACGGCCACGAAGGGAAGCCUGGUUGGCCUGGUGGAUUAUCCCGACGAUGAAGACGACGACGAAGAGGAGGAGACAUCUCCGCGGAAAAGACCUCGUCUGGGUUCCUAAAUGAAACCAAAACUUUGGAAUAAAAACUUCUAUUAUGGGGUUUCCAAUGCUGCAACUGUUUUAAGAGCUAAAGAGAACCCGAAUCGGAAAGCUUUCUCCCAUGAGUAUCUAAGAUAACACAAGGAGUAGCAAAAGAAACUCGGUGUAUCAGCUAGAAAGGGUUAGUUCUGUAAAGACAAAGCUUCCGAGGAACUUGGUGUCUUUCUAGUGAGGCGGGAGUGGGCCGCUCCGGCCGU